GCGGAUUCAGCCGAAAUUUUUUCUUCUCAAUCUUAAUCUUUUUUCCAUCUUUAUCUAUUUGUUCUUCUUAACCCUUUCAAAUAUUCAAACAUAACUGUUUCAUAGUCUUUCUUACCUGUUUCCUAUGUUAUUCUUUGCAAAAAUUUCCCACAAAAGAAAUUUCCGCAGAUCUGUCGGAAAAUUUGCCAAGAUUGUUCCUUUUUACCAUAAAAGUGUUUAGUUUCCAUAAUUAUCAUCUGGGUUUUCAAGAUUUUUUUUCUUUUAAGAGUGGAAUUUCAAAAGGGGUUUCAGAAACCCUAGAAUUUUCAUUUUGUGAUUGAAAUGGCUUCAGGGGCAAUUUUCUCAUCGCUGCGGCGGCGAAGAUCACCAACGUUGGAAGCUUUUCUCGCUCCGGUUGAUUUAAGUGACGUUGCUUUGGUUCAAACCCUUGUAACGGUUGUGAAUGAGCUUGUGUGUUGUUUUUCAAAGCGUUCAUUUUUCUUUCAGAGGAAAAAUACACGUUCUUUAAUUAGAAAAGUUGAGGUUUUUCAGGUUCUGUUGGAGUAUUUGAAUGAUUCUGGUUCGGGUUCAGGUUCGGUUCUUCCGGCUACUGGGUUGCUUUGUCUGAAAGAGCUUUAUUUGUUGCUGUAUAGGUCAAAGAUUCUGCUUGAUUAUUGCGCGCAAUCGAGUAAGUUGUGGCUUUUGCUUCAAAAUCAUUCGAUUUCGGGUCAUUUUCAUGAUUUGAAUCAAGAGAUUUCGACACUUUUGGAUGUUUUUCCUGUUAAGGAUGUUUGUUUGAGUAAGGAUGUUAGGGAACAGAUUGAGCUUUUGUUGAAGCAAUCAAGGAGGGCUAAGCUUUUUAUUGAUAUGGAGGAUGAUGCUCUUAGGGUUCGUUUCUUUGAGUUUCUUGAUCAGUUUGAGAAUGGGAGGAUUCCUGAUUCGGAAGAAUUGCGAAGUUUUUAUGUUGAUAAGUUGCAGAUUAUGGAUGCUGCUUGUUGUAGAACUGAAAUUGAGGCUUUGGAGGAGCAGAUUGUUAACCAUGAGGGUGAUAUUGAGCCUACAGUUUCUGUGCUUAAAGGGUUGGUGGCCAUGACGCGGUAUUGUAGGUUUUUGAUAUUUGGAUUUGAGGAAGAUGAGCUUGAUAUGGAAAAUGGAAGUCAGAAGAAGAUCAAGAAGGGUUUGAUUACUCAAGAAAUUGCUGAUACAUUUUUAACUGUUCCAAAAGACUUUUGUUGCCCGAUAUCAUUGGAUUUGAUGAGAGAUCCAGUGAUUAUUUCCACCGGUCAAACUUAUGAUAGGAGCUCCAUUUCUAGGUGGAUGGAUGAAGGGCAUACAACUUGCCCAAAGACAGGUCAAACGCUUGCUCACACUCGUCUUGUCCCGAAUCGUGCCUUGAGGAAUUUGAUUGUGCAGUGGUGUAGUGCUCAUGGAAUUCCCCUUGAACCACCAGAGGUGAUGGAAGCAAUGGGUGAAGCUUUUGCAUCUGCUUGUCCCACCAAAGCUGCUCUUGAAGCCAAUAGAGCAACUGCAAAUCUUCUCAUUCAACAGCUGGCUAAUGGAUCACAAUCUGGAAAGACUGUAGCUGCUAGGGAGAUUCGAUUGCUUGCGAAAACUGGCAGAGAAAAUCGCGCUUUCCUUGCAGAAGCGGGGGCAAUUCCUUAUCUUAGGGACUUGCUUUCGUCGCCUAAUUCUGUUGCUCAGGAGAACUCAGUUACUGCAUUGCUCAAUCUUUCCAUAUAUGACAAGAACAAAAGCCGGAUCAUGGACGAGGCAAGUUGUCUUGUAUCAAUUGUUAAUGUUUUGAGAUUCGGGCAUACAACAGAAGCAAGGGAAAAUGCUGCUGCAACGUUGUUCAGCUUAUCAGCAGUUCAUGACUAUAAGAAGAUAAUCGCGGACGAGACCGGAGCUGUUGAAGCCCUAGCAGGGCUGUUACAAGAUGGGACUCCAAGAGGAAAGAAGGAUGCAGUAACAGCUUUGUUCAAUCUUUCCACACACACCGAUAAUUGUGUUAGAAUGAUUGAGGCAGGAGCAGUAACAGCUCUAGUUGAGGCUUUAGGGAAUGAAGGAGUUGCCGAGGAAGCAGCGGGUGCCAUAGCCUUGAUUGUUCGACAGCCUUUCGGAGCCAAAGCAUUAGUGAAUCAGGAAGAGGCAGUAGCUGGAUUGAUAGGAAUGAUGCGUUGUGGAACACCGAGGGGUAAGGAGAAUGCAGUCGCAGCAUUGCUCGAGUUAUGCCGGAGUGGAGGUUCAGCUGCAACUGAAAGGGUAGUUAAGGCACCAGCUAUUGCCGGAUUACUUCAAACCCUAUUAUUUACCGGGACAAAGCGAGCUAGACGUAAAGCCGCUUCACUUGCUAGAGUGUUUCAGAGAUGUGAAAAUGCAUCUCUGCAUUACGGUGGAUUAGGUGUAGGCUAUGCAUUUGCUAGCAAUUCAGCUCAAACUAGAGAUUCAAGCUUUGCUGCAGGGGAUGUUUCAGUACCAAUGUCAAUCUCUGUACCUGUAAUAUAGUGGUAUAAUACUUUUUCUGUAUUUGUAAUUGUUACGUUCACAAUUUUUAUUGGAAGUUUUUACAGAUUCUUUAAUUGAAACUUUAUAAAGUCAUAAAAAAAUGUCACCAAUACCAUAUGUAUUCUCUUCCAAGAGAUACAUGAAUGUUGUUGACAAGUUAGUUCAUCACAUGUGUAACGUUGAGUUAUAUCAAAGACAGAAAAGAGAAUGCUCUACAAAAGAGUUUUAGACCA